CAAAUAAAGAAAAUAGCUCCUUCAGUAAUGUCUAGCAUUAAUUUUUUAAAGGCACAAAAUAUACUGGUAAAGAUACUGGCUAUACUGGUGAAAACGUGAACUAGCAGAAAUCCGAGAACUUAUAUAGCUUUGGUGUUGAUGGCAUGACUAAAACAUGCUCGUGAGAUUAGAAGAGUUCCGGUUUUGAGUUUUUAUUGCGCUGAACUUUAUGGUGGAAAUGAACAGCUGGGCGUUUCUGUUGAACCCGGUCCUCUGAUUAAACACAGCUCCCACCUCCUGUUCCUCACUACAGAGCCUCAGAGCUCAGGGUGCUGGAGAUACUGCUCUCUGUGCUGGAGAUACUGGUCUCUGUCCCGGAGACACUGCUCUCUGUGCUGGAGAUACUGGUUUCUGGUCUCUGUCCCGGAGACACUGCUCUCUGUGCUGGAGAUACUGGUUUCUGGUCUCUCUCCCGGAGACACUGCUCUCUGUGCUGGAGAUACUGGUUUCUGGUCUCUCUCCCGGAGACACUGCUCUCUGUGCUGGAGAUACUGGUUUCUGGUCUCUGUCCCGGAGACACUGCUCUCUGUGCUGGAGAUACUGGUUUCUGGUCUCUCUCCCGGAGACACUGCUCUCUGUGCUGGAGAUACUAGUCUCUGUUCUCGUGGAUAUUCUGGAUGUCGUUACACGGGAGGACUGCCGUUAACCGGGUCAUCACACACACACACCCACACACACACGAGCAAGCUGUUAUUGGAGCUGAGCUGCUUAUCUGUGAAGUGUAUCCGAUUUCUGGGAUGUCUGAGAUAAUUUUAUAAUAUACAGUUUUAGAAAUACUUGAAGUUUUAGCAAUACACCGAUCAGGAGCCUUGACCCUGUCGCCGGUUCAGCACUGUUCCUUCCUUGGAACACUUUUGAUAGAUACUGACCACUGCAGACCGGGAACACCCCACAAGAGCUGCAGUUUUGGAGAUCCAGUCGUCUAGCCAUCACAAUUUGGUCCUUGUCAAACUCACUCAAAUCCUUACGCUUGUCCAUUUUUCCUGCUUCUGACACAUCAGCUUUGAGGACAAAAUGUUCACUUGCUGCCUAAUAUAUCCCACCCACUAACAGGAGCCAUGAUGAGGAGAUCAUCAGUGUUAUUCACUUCACCUCAAGAGCAUGUCCACCAUGGUGUUCUGCUGUGAGGAGAAGCUGGAGAGACUAACACGGGAGGAGAUCAUCUCCAGAACCAAGAUGGUGAUCCAGGGCCUUGAGGCACUGAAGAGCGAUCACAAUCUCAUGCUGCAAAGCCUGAUAGAGACCGCCAAGUACUUGAACAGGGACGAGGAGGCUGGCCUGGUGCCUGAGAAGUCUUUGUUGCUGCACAAGUCUGUGGAGAUGAUCGAACUUGGCCUGGAGGAGGCGAAGGUGAUGACGGCUCUGACUGCACACCUGAGUGCAGUGGAAGCAGAGAAACAGAAGCUGCGAGCUAAGGUGCGUUCGGUUUGCGAGGAGAACAAGUGGCUGUGGGAGGAACUGGCCAACGUGCAGCAGAAACUGCAGAAGGCUGAGCAGAAUUUAGUCCAGGUAGAGGUGGAGAAGGAGCACCUGGAGUUCAUGACCCAGCUCAAGCAGUACGAUCCGGAAGACUUGCCAGAGCAGGGCAAGGAAGAAGAGGAGACAUCCAAAGACAUUCUGGAUGACCUGUUCCCUGAAGACGAGGAGGCCAAUCAGCCACAAACAUCACAGCAAAAGACCAGUGCGGCAAUGGCAGAGGUCAGUCAGGGAGGCUUUGAGGUACCUGAACGCUUGAAAACCCUCUAUAACCUGGUGAGACAGUACACCAAACAAGGUCGCUAUGAAGUGGCAGUGAUACUGUGUAAACAGGCUCUGGAGGACCAGGAGAGGACGCUGGGCCAUGAUCACCCCGACAUAGCUACCUUGCUCAACAUCCUCGCUUAUGUAUACAGGGAUCAGAGUAAUUAUAAAGAAGCGUCCCGUCACCUGUAUGAUGCCGUGACUAUAAGAGAGAGGACUCUGGGUGAGGAGGAUCCCUCGGUGGCUGCUACGCUAAAUAAUCUUUCAGUGCUGCACGGGAAGAUGGGACAGUACAUGGAGGCCGAGCCGCUGUGUAAAAGAGCUCUGGAGCUGAGGGAGAAGAUCCUGGGCAGAGAUCAUCCAGAUGUGGCCAAGCAGCUGAAUAACUUGGCGCUGGUUUGUCAGAACCAGGGCAAGUAUGAGGAGGUGGAGUAUUACUACUGCAGAGCCCUCGACAUAUAUGAGAGGAACCUGGGUCACGAUGACCCCGUUGUUGCCAAAACAAAAAACAAUCUGGCCUUGUGCUAUCUGAAACAGGGUAAAUACAAGGAGGCUGAAAUCUUGUACAAAGAGAUUCUUACACAAGCUUAUAAGAAGGAAUUUGGGACAGUAGACGCUGAAAACAAACCUGUCUGGAUGUAUGCAGAGGAUGGCACAGGCCUGGGGGGUAAUGACUCUCAUUAUGCUGAAUGUAGAGGCUGCCAUGUGACCAGCCCUAUAAUAAACAGCGUCAUGCUGCGUCUCGGAGCUCUGUAUCGAUAUCAGGGCAAAAACGAAGCAGCAGAUAUUAUGGAGGAUUACGCCAUGAGAACACGCAAACAGGGAGCCAUAGUGGAGCCUCUGAAGGAUGAGAGCCGGAGGAGAAGCUUUUCUACUUACAGCGUUAAGUAUGAACCUAGAGAUGAUGGCAGUGUGGAGUGGCGUGGGGGUGGCAUUUUGAAAAGGGCUGGUUCUCUGGGUAAAAUGCGAGAGGUGCUGCGCAAGAGCAGUGAGAUACUGGUGAAGAAGCUGCAGGAUACCAUAUUGCAAGAUUCCCCUAACCCUCACUUGAAGAGAGCAGCUUCGCUGAUUUACCUGAACAGGACGGGAGAUAAUGACGAUCCUUUUCAGAGUGGCAGAGGAGGCAGACGGCUGAGAGACAGUCGAGCCCUGAGCUCCAGCACUGUGGCGCUGCAUGGAGGCAAUGGAAAAUAGAAAACACACACACACAAAUUGUUUUCUUUUAUCUCUAUCCCCACAUACAUUUCUAUUUCUAGCUUAUGAUCCACACACACUACCUGCGAGUUUUCCUCGUUAGUUGUUUUUGUGUACCGUAAUGUACCAAUGAUCACCGUUAUGAAUAAUUAAGGAAUGUGCCUACAAUGAAAUGUGAUAUAUUUGAUAUUUGAAAAGGCGUUUUGACCGUUUGAAUGUUUGCAUCUCUCAGGGAAAACUGACUCUUCCAUAAAUAAAGCAAUGAUGAGUAAGCACAGGUCAUGAACCUAAAAUUUAGUUCACAGCCACAUGCACUGUACUGCACAGCUGGGCUGCUGUUUGUGAUUUUGAAGCGUAACGUAUAACAGCCUUGUAUUCCACAGAAAGAGAAGGAAGGAAAAUGAUGUAACAUUGUGACAUUCCAGAUGUGAGAGGUGUUUUUGUUUUGUGUGUGUUGUUGUUGGCAUCACUAUGAACUGUUCUUCCUGAUGCUGCAUGAGCUACUCAGGCUUAAAGAUUACAGAUCUGUGUAGUUGUGUAGUUCAGAGAGCUUUGUAUCAGAGUGUAUAGUGUAGUGGAAAUUUCUGUUGAUUUGUUUUCAAAUAAGGCACAAUUUCUGAUUUCUUUUUUAUUCGUAUAAUCUGAGUUUUGUACCACACAAGGCUGUGAAUAUCCUUAUUUUGUAUUAAAAAAGGGGAACUUAAAUCCUGUGGAGUAAAUCUGUACCAUGUCCCAAAGGUCAUGGAUAAAAUUCAAGAUGUACAAGCAAAGUAAAUAAGUAAAUCUUUAAUGUUU